CCAGUAACUCUAAUGGAAUACUCCCUUACCUCUGUAACGGAAGGGAUUGAUGCAGUUGCCACCACCAGAGUGCUCAUUCGGCCAGACCACAAUGGCCAUACAGCCACACAUGCCUUAACAGGGGAGUCUCUGCGCAGAAACUUCAGUGGAAGUGGAGCAGACAUGGAUGUUGUGGUUUCCAGUGUUAGGGCUUAUAUUAGUGCACUGAACAAGAUGCUGGGUCUGGGGAAAAGACCUCUAAACGAGAUUCCGAAUUCCGAAACGGUUGUUGUUUAGGUUGAAAGCAUUCAGGACAGACUAUUCAGUGUGAUCCCUUUCUAUAAUUUUAAUUUAUGAUCUGUAAAUUUGCAGUUUUUGCAUGUGAUUUUGUUUGUUGUUGUUAAAUUUUGGCUUGUAAUUUCAUUAGUGACAGGACAUGGAAUUGAUGUUUUUUGGGCCAUACAUAA